AUGGAUUCCAUUCGGGGAAGGCGUAGCGAGCCGACUCAGCGACGUCAGAGACCACUUACCCUGUCACGCGGAUCGAAACGGUAUGAUGUGCUGGCUAGUCGUGAGGACGACAAGGUCGCUGAGGAAGAGGCGUUGGCUCCGGAGAUAGAGAACCAGGGGGUUGAGCCCAUGAUAGUGUCGGUACCAGCGGAGCCGUCAACAAUCUACAUUCCGAAUACGUCGAAGCACGCUCUGUUACGUAUUCUGAAGAAAAACCAGCUGGUUCUUCCAUCAGAGCCACAAUUACUCGGCCUUAAACAGCGAGAGCGCAGCGACCUCUUUAGCUGCAUCCAACCGAGCGUUUCACAAACGCGCUUUUUGGUAGAGUCGCCCCUGCAGAACGAACAUAGUUUUCGCUCUGUAGACGAGAUAACGCAUCUACUAAGGCUUUGA